AUGCCACUGUCCAUAACGUGGUAUGCACUGGCAGGUUUAUUCGGCCAAUGUUACGUGUUAGCCGUCAUUCCGUUCUUCGACGAAGUUUCAACAGCUGUCCGUCCAUUUUCAACGUCUGGGCAAGCGUCCGCCACGGAUUUACGGACCAGGUUGUGUCGAUCUUUCGAUCACAUAGAUGGUGACUAUGAAUACUGCAUAGAAUUUUGGAAGAAGCAGAGUGCAACAGAUUUAAAUAAAAAUGACCAGUUGUCGUCGAGAAUUCAGAAUAGAGCAACUAUUUUAAACCAAGUUGUGAGAAACAUGAACCAGCAUAUGAUUCAGAACAGAAAGCAAAAUCCACAAUAUUCGCAGCUGCGGUUAUUGCAUCACCGGAAUCCAAGUGAAAAUAUAAAGUGGAUUAAUAAAAGAGGUGGCGCUUCAAAAUUUCAAUAUAUUUUUGUACCAAGAAAACGUUGGCCGAGCAGUUAUAACAGAAAUGUAUACCUAUAUGGAAAAGUGGAUCGAUCUCUUGUAGCACGUCCGCUGAUGCGGAAAUACCCGUAUUCUAAUGUGGUGAGACUCUCCAGCGGAUGUACAGGGACUCUGCUCACACCUUACCACGUGCUUACUGCUGCUCACUGUGUCCAUGACGGGGAGGACUUCAAAAACCAUCUAGAGAUGUUAAAAAUAGAAGUCCCUAGCUACAUGGGAUUCCGCAUGUAUUACAUUGAGAAAAUUAGCAUUCCAACAAAGUGGCUGCGAUCUAACAUUUUACCUCGAAUUGUUAGGGAAUCCUUCGACUACGCGGUGGUUAAGCUGAGUAUCGGGGUGGCAGGUCGAAGCCACUUCAUGCCUCUAUCCGUUCCAAAAACCAACAUUCUUACGGACACCAUGUACUUUCUGGGAUUCAUGUCCCACAACGUCGGUGCCAAUCUGUGGACCUCUGAAUGCUCUCCACAUUCCAACAUGGCGAUGAUGGAUGGGAACCUGAUUCUCACUCGGUGCGAUUCGGCUGUCGGGUUCUCCGGGGCAGCCGUCUUCACGGACGACUCCCGGGAAGGAAAGAGCAUUGUGGGCAUCAUCUCCAACACGCGGUCCGUGUCCACGGGCUUUAGUCUGAUAGCGCGCUACAGCAUCAUCACGGCUUUGACUUGGGACAAGCUGUAUGAGGUGUGUUCCAUGAUGGCUCCUUUGGGACAGUUGUAUGGCGUUUGUCCAGAAUUCCACCACAUACCACGAACAACUAAAAUGCCUCUUGGCAAUAGAGUUAUUCCAUUUUUCGGCUGA